GUCUGAGACCUGCGCUGCAGUCGGGGCCUGCUUCAUACGCUUGCUUUGUUUUUCUCUGGGUCAGGUAUAAACAAUGGUGCAGCGCCUGACCUACCGCCGUAGGCUGUCCUACAACACAGCUUCCAACAAGACCAGGCUGUCCCGAACACCUGGGAACAGGAUUGUUUACCUUUACACCAAGAAAGUAGGGAAGGCACCAAAGUCAGCAUGUGGUGUGUGCCCAGGAAGACUUCGUGGCGUUCGUGCUGUGCGUCCUAAAGUUCUUAUGAGACUUUCAAAAACAAAGAAGCAUGUUAGCAGAGCCUAUGGUGGUUCUAUGUGUGCUAAAUGUGUCCGUGACAGAAUCAAACGAGCUUUUCUUAUUGAAGAGCAGAAGAUCGUUGUGAAAGUGUUGAAGGCACAAGCACAGAGCCAGAAGUCAAAGUGAAUUUAUUUGUAUUUCCUGCUCAAUAAAUGAAAGUUCUAAUUUU